UCGAUGCCACUGGGUCCCCCGGGCGCCCGGUGGCUUCUUGCGCGCGCCUGUUGCACCGGUCAUGUCCUCGGGCCUCUGGACGGCGCUGGCGGGGCUGCUGCUCCUGCCGCUGCUGGCCAGGCUGGCGUGCCCCUAUUUCUUCCAGGACUUGUGCUUCUUCUUGAAGCUGCUGGCCGUGGGGUGGCGGGCCAGGCAGGGCGCGAGGCGGCGCCCCCCGCGCACCUUGCUGGAGGUGUUCGGGCAGCAGGCGCGCCGGGCGCCGGAGAAGCCGCUGCUGCUCUUCCGAGACGAGGUCUACACCUAUCGGCAGGUGGAGCGGCGCAGCAACCAGGUGGCGCGGGCUCUGCGGGAGCAAGCCGGGCUCCGGCAGGGCGACUGCGUGGCCCUUUACCUGGCCAACCAGCCAGCCUACCUCUGGAUCUGGCUGGGCUGCGCCAAGCUGGGCUGCGCCCUGGCCUGCCUCAACUGCAACGUCCGAGGACGGCCGCUAGUGCACAGCUUCCAAGCUAGUGGGGCCAAGGUCUUGCUGGCCGACCCAGACUUCAAAGGGAUCAUUGAAGACAUAUUGCCAACCCUGAAGCAAGAAAAUGUGCUUGCUUAUUUCUUAAGUAGAACGUCUGACACUGAAGGGGUCGACAGUUUCCUUGACAAGAUAGAAGCUGCUUCAGAUGAGGCUGUUCCAGAGUCUUGGAGAUCAGAUAUUACUUGCCAAAGCCCCGCCAUGUACAUUUAUACCUCUGGAACUACAGGUCUCCCCAAAGCUGCAGUGAUUACUCAUCUCCGUGUAUUAUUGGGUUGUGGUUUGAUCAUGCUCAGUGGUGUCACUUCAGAGGACAUUAUUUACACCACUCUGCCAUUAUAUCACAGCUCUGCCCUCUUGCUUGGAGUAAAUGGUUGCAUCAUGCAAGGUGCUACCCUAGUAUUACGCUCAAAAUUCUCUGCUUCUCAGUUUUGGGAUGAUUGUAGAAAGUACAAGGUGACUGUCAUACAGUACAUUGGAGAGGUGCUACGUUAUUUAUGCCACGUGCCCAAGAAAGACAAUGAUCAGAACCACAUGGUAAGACUUGCUAUAGGUAAUGGGUUACGGCCUGAUAUUUGGAGGGAAGUCAUCAGAAGAUUUGGAGACAUACGUAUCUUUGAGUUUUAUGCAGCCACCGAAGCCAAUGUUGGAUUUGUUAAUUACAGUGGAAAAAUCGGAGCUGUGGGAAGAUCGAAUUACUUCCACAAGAAAAUGAUACAAUACAGCCUCAUUAAGUAUGAUGUGGAGAAAGAUGAACCGGUCAGAGAUGAAAAUGGCUACUGUAUAAAAGUUCCUAAAGGUGAAGUGGGACUGUUAGUUUGCAAAAUCACCCAGUUGGCUCCAUUUAGUGGUUACGCGGGAUCAAAGAGCCUGACGGAAAAAAAGAAGCUAAGAAAUGUUUUCCAGAAUGGUGACGUGUAUUUCAACAGCGGAGAUCUUUUAAUGAUUGAUCGUGACAACUUUAUUUAUUUCCAUGAUCGAGUCGGAGAUACAUUCCGAUGGAAAGGAGAAAACGUGGCUACGACAGAAGUUGCCGAUAUUUUAGGACUGAUCAACUUUAUUCAGGAGGUGAAUGUGUAUGGUGUAUCUGUGCCAGGUCACGAAGGCCGAAUAGGCAUGGCAUCCCUACGACUAGCAGAAAAUUGUAAUUUUGGUGGGGAAAUUCUCUACAAGCAUGCAACAGAUUACUUGCCACUUUAUGCAAGACCGUAUUUCGUGAGGAUCCAGGAUGCUAUUGAGAUCACCGGAACAUUUAAAUACCGGAAAGUACAGUUAGCAGAAGAAGGAUUCAAUCCAGCAGUUGUCAGGGACGCCUUAUAUUUUUUGGAUGAUAAAGAGAAGACCUACCUACCCUUGACAGAAGACAUCUAUAACUCAAUAUGUAGCAACAGAUGGAAACUAUAGUGCUCCUGAAUUUGUUACUAUUUUUUUAAAAAAAAUUAUAUUGUUCAAUAAUUUUAGAAAGUGAUGGAAAAUUGAUCUUCAGUCCAAUUGCACAUAUAUGUCUAGAUUUUGAAAUAGUCAUGCCUUACUUAUUUUGUCAAUAUUUUAGAGAUAGUGCUGAUGACUUUGGAACAAAGCUCUUCAUCCACCUCCAGACUGAUCUGCUAAUAUUAUAUUCUCCAUGUUUUGGAAUAUUUAAAAGUUAAUAGCUUGUGUAACUAUAGACUGGGAGCUGUCGGAAUGGUUCCCAUUUGGAUAGGAUAGGAUAGGAUAGAAUAGGAUAGGAUAGAAUAGAAUAGAAUAGAAUAGAAUAGAAUAGAAUAGAAUAGAAUAGAAUAUCAGAGUUGGAAGUCUUCUUCUACUUCUGAAACACAUCAUGUUUGCCAACUUCUUAAUUCACCACAUUCAUGCAUCCUCUACCAUGACAGAAUGACUGUUUACUUGCUAUGUAAGCUGAAGAUCUCUGUGUAGGUCAGAAAGAGGUGCACUUUGUAUAUUAUUCAAAAGUCACUCUGGAUGCAUCUCUAAUCUCAACUUCCUCCGAAAUGGUCCCAUAAAAAUGUUCUGCCAAUUUUUAUUAUGCCAGUGAGACCACAAGUAGUUUAAUCAACACUCUUCUAUCUCAUUAAUCUUUGCAGUGUCUAUUAUGCUUGAACAUCUCUUGUUCUUUCCAUCCCUUUUUCUAGAGUAAUCUUGGGAUGUCUGCAGGUAUGAUAAAAAAAAAAUUAAGAUGGUGAUGGUGGUACAGUCAAAGUGCCUAUUUUUUAUGUUUUCCAUUUGCACUGUCAUGGUUAUCGUCUUCAUUUUUUUAGCCACACUCUUUGGACACCCCUGUUGAGGGUAAUUAUUAAUAGUUAUUCCAAACUGAUUACAUGUCUCACUCAAAGGAAGACAAUGGGUAGUAUCUAUUGAAUGUUCGUAUUUGCCGUGAUUUGUGGCUUAGCUUGAAUUUGAUUAGGAGGGAGGUAUUCAAUAAAAACAUCUCUCAACAUA